AUGGACACUUUAGAUGAACCACUAGAUGUGCUUAAAUUUUCAAUAGCAUAACAAAUUUAUAUCAAAAUGAGAAAUAAUAUUGAACUGAAAGGAACUCUAGUCAGUUAUGACAAUCAUUUGAACAUGAUAAUCAGCAAAGCAGAAGAAACAUCAUUUUAAGAAGGAAUCAAAACUAAAAGAAAAUUAGACGCUCUCUACCUAAGAGGAGAUGGAAUCAUUUUAAUUAGUCCUUUAAAAAAAGGAAUCACUUCAUUAUGA